ACAGCAACAAUCAUCAGUUCCUUUCUAGGAGUAUUCUGACCGAAAUCAACAACGAUAUGAAGGUUUGUGUCAUAUUCCUUGCCGCCGCUAUCAUUGCGGUAGCUUCGGCUGCUACCUCACCGGCAUUACAUCCGAAUCCACCAGCACCUCCACGGGGCAGUGACUCUAGCAGCAGUAGUUCGUCGGAAAGCGAUCAAUCUGGCGACGCUUCCGGAUCUGCAGAAGUUAAUGCCGGCAUUCAACCGAUCGGUAUCUUCGGACGCCUUCCCCACAGACCGUGGUGGCCCAUCCCAAAGAUUCCUCCAUUCCGUCCACCAUGGCAUCCGCGUCCUCCGUUCGAAGGCAAUGGUCGUCCGUGGUGGUUGAGACCACCGUUCAUUCAUCGACCGACCACCAGUACUGCCGCACCGGAGGGAACUUCUGUUGCCAGUCCUACAACUGCAGUUGCCUCGACCACUACGGAAGCUGCAACAACGACACAGGAAGCCACUACUACUGAGGAGGCAACGACCACGGAGGAGGCAACGACCACCGAAGAGGCAACCACCACGGAGGAGGCAACGACCACGGAGGAGGCAACGACCACGGAGGAGGCAACCACCACCGAGGAGGCAACCACCACCGAGGAGGCCACUACCACCGAGGAGGCGACGACUACCGAUUCUUCUUAAUACAAUGAUUUGAACAAUACGGAAUUCCUAAACCAAGCAAUGCAUUAAAAGCAAAUUAUAUUCUGCAAUGAAA